UUCGCACGGCGCUGCUCUGCGCUUCUCGUGGCGGUUCGAACCGAAUUGUGAUACCGAGACUUAGUUUAGCUUGCGUUUACCUCUCGUCUCCGCGGGUCAGUUAGGCUCGCGCUUUCGAGCCGCCAGCACCGGCUGUGUUCUCUUUCUUUUUCUCUCUUUCUCUCUUUCCUCCCUUCUCCAUCCCUCCACCGAAUCUUUCUCUCGCGGCCCCCUUUUCGCGAAUUUUAUCGAUUUUUUUUCUCUCUUCCUUCUCUUUCGUCGUGGUGCGAUCGUCCCCGGCUGCACGAGGCACAUGCAAACCGACGAUCGUCGAUAGAAGAUAGUCCUCAAGUUGGACCAGACUGAGUCUCGUCGUCUCCGAGAUGUGGACCGUACACUGCCAGAAUUUAGUGUUCAUCGUCUUCGUAUUUUUACCUUCCAUUGCGAGAGGCAUCCCGGAUUAUACUGGAUUGCCACCGGGACCAUAUUGUGCCUCGAGGUAUGCUGGGGGCAGUUGUUGCCCAGGACGACAGGAUGACUGCAGCGCACCGAUUCUCACGACGUUGUGCUACUGCGAUGACUUUUGCGAUCGGUCUCGCGAAGAGGACUGCUGCCCGGAUUACUGGUAUCAUUGCAGAGGAAUAGAACCGAAUAUCACGUUGUCGCCACCCGAGGAGAUAAGAAGAUGCUUCUUCCAGGGGAGAGAAUACAAUCAUGGACAAACGUUAAAAGUCAAUUGCAAUACAUGUAAAUGCUCCUCGCUCGGCAAACGUGCCGAAGUGCUCUGCGAGGAGAAUCGAUGUUUGAUCGAUCCGGAAUUAAUAGAGGAGAUCAAUUUGCAAGAACAAACUUUAGGAUGGCAGGCGAGCAAUUAUUCGGAAUUUUGGGGAAGAACUCUCAAGGACGGCGUGCAACUUCGUCUGGGUACUCUUAAUCCUUCGCAAUCCGUGUACAAAAUGAAUCCGGUACGACGUAUUUAUGAUCCGGACGCGCUACCACGAGAAUUUAAUGCCAGAACGCAUUGGCCACGCGAUAUAUCCGACAUUCACGAUCAAGGAUGGUGCGGCGCUUCCUGGGCCAUCUCCACGGCCGAUGUCGCGUCCGACAGAUUCGCGAUUAUGAGCAAAGGCGCCGAAGGCGUGAAGCUAAGCGCGCAGCAUUUGCUCUCUUGCAACAACAGAGGCCAACAAGGCUGCAAGGGCGGCUAUCUCGAUCGCGCCUGGCUCUUCAUGAGGAAAUUCGGACUGGUCGACGAGGAGUGUUAUCCUUGGACUGGUAGGAACGAUCAAUGCAGACUGCGUAAGAGAAGCACUCUAAAGAUCGCUGGUUGCCGAAACCCGUCAAACCCACAGAGAACAGAGCUGUACAAGGUCGGGCCGGCCUAUCGUCUAGGUAACGAGACUGACAUUAUGCAGGAAAUCCUGACGUCUGGACCCGUGCAAGCUACCAUGAGAGUCUAUCAGGACUUUUUCAGUUAUGAGAGCGGAGUAUAUAGGCACUCUCGAAGCGCAGAACUGCAUGAUUCUGGUUAUCAUUCAGUGAGAAUAAUCGGUUGGGGUGAGGACGCGUCUUAUCGCGGUCCACCGUUGAAAUAUUGGUUGGUCGCGAAUUCGUGGGGACGUAAUUGGGGAGAGAAUGGACUUUUCAGGAUUCAAAAAGGAACAAAUGAGUGUGAAAUCGAGUCGUAUGUGCUGGCGGUGUGGGCCAAGACAAUAUAAAAAAAGAAAAGAAAAUACCAAAGUACUAGAAUAUCCGAUUAUAUAACAUAAUUAUUGGUGCAUUUAUUGAAUCUUUGUCGUUGGCCCAUCAUCGUGUACAAUGACGCGAUAAUCUCGAAAACGAGAAACAAUAUGAUACAUCGAUUUUUGAAAGUAUGUGAUCCAGUGCCUCCAUAUACAUCUUUUAUUACAUGUAAGAUUGAGAGGGAGGG